AUUGUCUCCUCCCUUAUCUCUCGAGCUGAUCCACUGAUCUACUUCCCCAUUAGAUACUGUAACGUUAUCAAUAGCUAGCCACCACCAUCAAAUAGCUAGAUAUGGACGAUUUUGACUUGCUCAGCGCACCACAGGCUGCGGCCGGCAAUGGGACGGACGAAGACCCCGCUGCCGCAUUCUUGGCCCAGCAAGAAAGCGAGAUCGCGGGGAUUGAGAACGACGAAGGAUUCAGCAUCCUGGACAGCGGAGAGGUUCCAACGUCGCUAGACAAUAAUCUGACAGGCGACGCAAACGAUGCAGUGGAUGGUGCUGUCAAUGGUGACUUUAAUGAGGAGAGCAACGGCCCGUCUGAUGCAUACUCCGCCAUCUCCAGUGCCGACCGGCUGCAGGCUGAGCCAGAGAGCCUGCGUAAAUGGAGGGAGGAGCAGAGGGAGAGGCUGGAGGUCCUAGACGCUAACUCUCGUAAGCAGGAGUCUGAGUGGAAGGACAAGGCCAAGGUAGAGCUGGAGGAGUGGCACACUAGACAGGACGAGCAGCUGGAGAAGACUAAAGUGAAUAACAGAGCGGCCGAGGAGGCCAUGCUGUCGGACAUGGACGAGAACAACCCGGGCACCGAGUGGGAGCGCGUGGCGCGCCUCUGCGACUUCAACCCCAAGUCCAGCAAGCAGGCCAAAGAUGUGUCCCGCAUGCGCUCUGUCCUCAUCUCCCUCAAGCAGGCCCCUCUGGUCCGCUAACCCCCCCCCCCCCUCUCUCAGAUGUCUCAAUUCAGUCCCUACCACUCCCCUUCGCACUAACCAUUCAUUCAGUGUUUGCAGAUCUGAAGGCUCUGGAUACGUAAAAGCAGUGUAGUGGUGGAGCUUCCACAAUCCACCAUGUCGCUUUCACCUUACAGAUCUGUUAACGUUGAGGGGAAAGGGGGUGAAUUGAGACGGCUGUAUCUACCCUGGCCCUAACCCUCUCUGGACCCAGAUUGCAACCAACCUCUCAUAGGGCAAUGUAUCACUCCACCCCCCCCCCCCCAACCCACCUACCUGACCUGAUGUCGUCGUUGUUUAUGGAUUGAUGAUAUCAUUCCUCUCUUCCAUUGCCCUUUCCAUCAUUAAAAAACAAAAUAAGUAUAUACGCAUUUAUCUUUUUGUUUCUAUUCUUUUAAGGACCAAACUCUGUUUUUAUUAAGUGUGUUGAAAACCCAUUUAGAGCCGGCUUGUGGCAUUUAUUGUGACUAUUUCAAUCUAUGCAUUUUUUCCCAUUUGAACCCAGAAUCAAGUACGGUAAAUAUCUAUUUGUGUGUGUAAACAUCAAGGUUGGGGUCAAUUCCAUUUAAAUUAGUCAAUUCAGAAAGUACACAAUUCCAAAUCAAAUAUUUGCUCAUUGAAAUGAAUUGGAAUUUCAGUGUACUUCCUGAAUUGAAACGGAAUUACCCCCAACCCUGGUAAACAUCAUGUGGUGUAUCAUGUACUCUAUAUGCGUGUACCUAUGUACAUAUACAGGCAAUAUAUACAUUUACAAAAUGUUAAUGUCAGAGUACAAUUGUGGUUUAAAGGUUUACUGUAGCCCAAGUGUUGCUUAAUGUGUUCGUUGUCCAUCAAUUUCAAUAUCAGUAAAACAUGAAUUAAACUUUUGUUGUCAACGUC